AUGGACAAGUCGAGCGCAGAGCAGACUUCGCGCGGUCGGCGGAGCUGGCUGUGCCUGUUGCUGGUGCCUGUGCUGGCUGUUGGUGCCCUCACGCUCGUGGUGGAGACGUCGACGCUUGGGGUGUCAAGCGGUUUGCAUCAGCUGACGUGGCUCAGUCGCUUUAACAACGUACUGCCCCCGGGUGAGGCCGUGCCCGAUGAAGACCUGCUGCACCUGAGUCUGCUGCAUGAAGUCUGCAUGGGCGACACAAACGCAACGCUGCCGUGGCAGUUCGGCUCGCCUGGGAACCAAGUGCUGGGCGGAACAGCAAAUAACUCGAACGUACUGAUGCACCAGAAGGACACGGACUUGCUGCAGAAGCUCCGCCAUUGUCCAGACGUCGACGUCUUUUUGCCGCAUAACGCGCGUACCAACGGAUACUGCGAGGACGCCGGUGCCUACGUCAAGUACCUGAAGUCUCGGCUGCUGCCGGAAUGGGUCCUCGACGUCAAGCUCUACGAUCCCGAGCUCAAACGCGAAGUGGAUUACUUCGACUUGUGCCCCAAGACGCCGAUACUCUUCCUCGACACCAACUGGGCUACAGCCAUUCAGUCUCCGCGCUGGCCCAAGGACAAACCCGUGUACUUGACGCCCAACAUCGAGAUCGUGGAGAUCACGCCCUUCCACUUUUGGCGCGUUGACGGGGUGCUGUGCAAGACGAACGAGUGCUACGACCGAGUGACGAAGUGGUUCGAGCAGGAGGGCAACCCACGCAACGCCAGGGUCUUCUACACGAGACACACGUCGUCGGAUCUGGCGCUGUUCGCUCGCAAGCGCCUUGGCGAGUAUGGAGUUGCCCCGAAGGAUUUCUCCGAGGUCAAGUUCCUCCACACUGCAGGCACCAGCUCCUCGAAGGGCACGAGAGAGGUCGUAGAGUGCUGGACGUACAUUGGGGGCUUGCCUCUACUCGACGUGUACAUCGACCGCAAACCGUUCUACCGCUUGUUCCCGGCCUCGUACAAGGUGAAGGUGGCGCGCAGUCUCAGCCCGAUCAACAUCCACUUGGGCACGAUGAAGCGCCUGAACUUCAGCAAGUUGACGGCGGAGGCCGCGUUCGUUGUCAACCCGAGCUAUAGUGAAGGCUACGGCCACAUCAUCAACCAGGCGCGCGCGUCGGGGUCUGUUGUGGUCACGACUGAUGUACCUCCGUUGAACGAGUUGAUCACUGCGAAUGAGACGGGAGUGCUGAUCCCGGUUCAUCGCCAGAAGCACCCGAUGGUCAUGCUUGGCGGCAAGUACAGGGGCCCCCAUGGUCUGGAGGGUGUGGAAGGAAUGGUGGCCUCCUUUGAGAGCUCCGAGGUUUGCUCGACGGUGAAGCGGUUGGUCCAGUCGACCACGCCAGCAGAACGAGCCGCAAUGGGCUUCAACGCCCGUCGCCAGUACCACGCAGACACAAAGUACUUCGCCAGCGCUAUGGAGGAGCUACGGAAGUUUGCUAAGAAGAAAAAAUAA